GAGCGCGCCAAAACCGGAUGCAGUAGCUGCUGCUUAUCACAACCACCCCCUCUCCUGCUUCCCCAGUCCCCUGUUGAGAGAGAGAGAGAGAGAGAGAGAGAGAGAGAGAGAGAGAGAGAGGCGGCUAUGGCGAGGCACUUCCUGCUCAAUACGGGAGCCAGGAUGCCCUCGGUGGGGCUCGGCACCUGGCAGGCUGAACCCGGCGUCGUCGGCGAUGCCGUCUACGCCGCCGUCAAGGCCGGUUACCGGCACAUCGAUUGCGCCAGAGAAUACCACAAUGAGAAGGAGAUCGGUUUGGCGCUGAAAAAGCUAUUUGAAGAGGGUGUAGUGAAGCGUGAAGAUCUGUUUAUCACCUCUAAGCUAUGGAAUGACUGUCACGCUCCUGAAGAUGUGCCAGAGGCACUAAAUGAAAGCCUGAAUGAUUUACAGCUUGAUUACUUGGAUCUUUAUCUUAUCCACUGCCCAUUUAGUGUCAAGAAGGGAACAAACCACAGCCCUGAAAACUAUGUUACACCUGACAUACCUGCUACUUGGGGGGCAAUGGAAAAGUUACAUGAUGCUGGCAAAGCUCUUGCGAUUGGUGUGAGUAACUUCUCAUCAAAGAAGUUGGGUGACUUGCUUGAUGUAGCUCGUGUACCUCCUGCUGUUAAUCAGGUGGAGUGUCAUCCUUGUUGGCAGCAAACUAAGCUCCACAACUUUUGUCAGUCAACUGGCGUUCAUCUUAGUGCUUACUCACCACUAGGUUCACCUGGUACUACUUGGAUGAAUGGUGAUGUCCUUGUAGAGCCAAUAAUCGUCUCAAUAGCUGAGAAACUCGGGAAGACACCUGGACAAGUGGCUCUGCUCUGGAACAUUCAGAUGGGUCACGGUGUACUACCAAAGAGUACCAAUCCAGAAAGGAUAAAGCAAAACUUUGAUGUUUAUGAUUGGACAUUUCCAGCUGACAUGCUUGCAAAGUUCUCAGAGAUUAAGCAGGCUAGGCUGCUGAGAGGCGACAUGAUGAUUAAUCCACAGAGCGUUUACAAGACUCAUGAGGAGCUCUGGGACGGUGAAAUUUAGGGGUCAUCCUCCUUUCAAAAAAAAUGUAAUAGAUGUCUGGAAGGUUUUCCAGCCGUGGCUGCUAAAUUCAGUUAUAUGGAGUGCGAAAACAUGAAUCUCUGUGAACAUUCCAUGUGAUGUAACAGUGAUUAUCACCGUCUCGUGAGCAGCCACAAGACGGAUCAUGUAUGCCACGGAGAUACGAGAGAGCAUUUGCAGAUUAAUAAUUAAUGAAACUGGGGAACGAAACUUUUGUAA